AUGCACGCUGCUGCAGAACCAGUGUGCGAGCCAACAAGACAAGCAGCUGCCGCAGCUGAGGAAGCAGCAGGGACAGCCCCAGCAGCAGCAACCGACGUUAUCCGCUACACCUUCUCCACCUACGGCUGCUGCUCCUGCUGCUCCUUCUGCCCCACAUCCUCCUGCGCCUCCUUCCAUGACAAGCGCAUCACAUUGCUCCAGUGCCUCCUUCUUCAAAUGGGUGCUGCUGCAGCUGCUGCUGCCGCUGCUGUUUGUGCUGUUGCUGUUCGAGCACAGCUGCAGCUGCACGGGACAACUACCACGAGCAGCAGCACCUGA